GCAUUCCCUUUGUCGAUGAAGCGUGGUGACAUUUGACCAAGUAUUUGGGGCUCCCAGUGCCUCUGAGAGCUCUACCUUGCUCAUAACCUUCAACUAUCGAUAGACAGCUAUCCAACCAGUAAGCAAGGUGAAGCACCACCAAUAACAUGAUGUCUCUAAUAACGCAGAUUCGUGACAACACCCAUCGCCAUGGAUCCACGAUUGUUGUUCCUGAUAAUAUCACUACCUAUCUUAUCCAUCACCAUGGUACUAUGUACCUUGGUGCACAUGAACAUGUUGGGCUUUCGUGUCGCCAAUGGAGAGGGUGGUCUCCAUGCGCAUAUAAACUCUCGCAGGUACCGUCCGAGGAACUACCAGACGAUACCUCGCACAGACCUAGAAGCGGCUGACAAUGACAACUACGCCCCUGAGCGAGGACGAGAACGAGAACGAGAACAGUCCAGGAUUCCCCGUCGUCCCGUGCCGCGUCUGGGACAAAGAUAUGUCGAUUGGGACCCAGAAGCCGGGGUCCUUGGCGUCACAACCGCCUCACAUCCGCGACGAACAGAGCAAGGACAUGUGGAGGAGGAAGAGAGGAGUCCCAGUCCAUACGACUUAGAGGAGGCGCUGCGGCGUGGUGGCUCGCAGCCAACGGAUAUUCCCACAAAACCUAACUCCCUUCGAGAGGGCUGGAAUGGUCUGGUGGCGCAAUUGAUCACCGUGUACCAGCAGCUCAGAAACCGACGGCCGAGCGUGGUGGACGAAGAGUAGGGAAGAUCCAACGAGGCUGUGGACAGCAAACGG